AUUUAUGGCUAUUUUCGGGCUACUGUCAAUGGGUGGUUUCUUUAGUUUUAAAGAAUUUAUUAGAUGCCCUGACAAGGUAUUUAUCGCGAAACAUACGUAUCCCCCACACCCACCGGUGCCGCCUGUCCACCGGCCGUAUUCCCCCGUUCGUGCAAUAAUAACAAUCAUCAACAGCGGGAGAAAUGCUCGCCUCGCAGAAAUCUGUGAGGCUCUGGAACGGCCACAUCUUGGAUUUGCUUUCACCCCAGUUGGAAGAUACCGGCCUCAAGACGACGACAUUCUUGCAACACUUUAAGGACGUCGUCACGACGAAGUUCACCGGCAGGGACCACCACCUGCCACCGCUGCAUCCGGCCCACCCGGCCCAUCCGGCGCACCAGCAGUCCGCUCUGCACCACCACCACCAGCCGCACCAGGCUGUGGCCCAGAGCUUCUCCACCAUUUUCCCGACGUAUCUCGGCAUGGACCGCGCCGCCGCCGGCGGCUGUGGCGUGGUCACCAGCUCCGCCACCGCCCUCGGCCCCGGUGGCAUAGCCAACGGCGGUGGGGUCGGUGUCAGUGGAGCCCUCAGCGGCCUGGAGGCCAUGUCAGCCGAAUCCACGGGCCUGUGCCUGCAGGAUCUGGUGAGCGCCGGCACGGCUAAUGGAGCCGGCUCGGCGGGCUCCGCGGAGAGCGCAAACACCACCAGCACCGCCCUGAGCAGCGGAAGCACUGGCAGCUCCACGGUGAACGGCGGUGGCAGCAGCACCUCUGGCACAGAGCACCUCCACAGCCACCACAGUCUGCACGACUCGAGCUCCUCGGUCAGCAUCUCACCCGCCAUCUCGAGUCUGAUGCCCAUCAGCAGCCUCAGCCACUUGCACCACUCGGCCGCCGGCCAGGACCUGGUCGGGGGCUACUCCCAGCAUCCGCAUCACGGCGUCGUACCGCCGCACACACCGAAGCACGAGCCGCUCGAGAAACUCAGAAUUUGGGCCGAAACUGGCGAUUUCCGUGAUAGUCAUAGCUCCAUGACCGCCGUAGCGAAUAGCUUGGAUAGCACCCAUUUGAACAACUUCCAGACAUCGUCGACAUCCACGUUAACGAACCGGAGUCGGGAUCGCAAAGAUGGAAAUCGGAGUGUCAACGAGACCACCAUCAAGACAGAGAACAUAUCCAAUUCGGGGCAUGACGAGCCGAUGACCACCAGCGCGGACGAGCCAAAGAACGACAAGAAGAACAAGCGGCAGCGCCGUCAGCGGACCCACUUCACCUCCCAGCAGCUGCAGGAGCUGGAGCACACGUUCAGCCGCAACCGAUACCCGGACAUGUCCACCCGCGAGGAGAUCGCCAUGUGGACCAACCUCACGGAGGCGCGCGUCAGGGUCUGGUUCAAGAACCGCCGGGCCAAGUGGCGCAAGAGGGAGCGGAACGCCAUGAACGCCGCUGUGGCUGCGGCGGACUUCAAGUCCGGAUUCGGGACGCAGUUCAUGCAGCCGUUUGCCGACGACUCGCUGUACACGUCGUAUCCGUACAACAACUGGACAAAGGUGCCCUCGCCGCUGGGCACCAAGCCGUUCCCCUGGCCCGUGAAUCCACUGGGAUCGAUGGUGACGGGCAAUCAUCACCAGAACUCCGUGAACUGCUUCAACACGGGCGCCAGCGGCGUGGCGGUGAGCAUGAACAACUCGAUGCUGCCCGGAUCGAUGGGCUCCACGCUGACCAACUCGAACGUGGGCGCCCCCUGCCCCUACACGACGCCCGCCAACCCGUACAUGUACCGCGCUGCCGCCGAGCCCUGCAUGAGCUCCAGCAUGUCCUCGAGCAUCGCCACCCUGCGGCUGAAGGCCAAGCAGCAUGCCACCGGCUUCGGCAGCCCCUACUCGGCCCCCUCGCCCGUCUCGCGCUCCAACUCCGCCGGGCUCUCCGCCUGCCAGUACACGGGCGUGGGGGUCACGGACGUUGUCUGAGAAAACGCGCUCGGUGCUCUGCUUAACCAGCAUCAGCACCACUUGCAGCACUUCUCCACCCACCAGUCGGCGGGAAUGGGAGUGGGCGUGGGCGUGGGGGUGUCGCACAAUGGGAUGCAACAGCACCUGGGGGGAGGUGGGGGCCACGGGGGCCACGUCAACGGUAUGCUGCAUGGCCAUGGCCACAGCAACAGCAACAGCCUGCUGAUGGAUCACGGCGACCUUGGCCACUCCGAAGAGGGGGCAGGCGGUGGACACAGCAUCGAGGGGGACAAUAAGUCGCCUCUGGACUCCAACGGCCUGAUGUCCGGCGGAGGCACCUCCAGCGGCGGUGGCGGCGGCACCAACGACAACGUCGACGAAGGGGAGGAAGACGUUAUCGAUUGAGAGAAUCCUGGAACGGAAGUACGAGAUAAAUAAAUCAAUCUAUAGGCAAAGCAAAGUCGCAGGAGAGUUAGCUUAAGCAUUCAGAAAUAAUUUUAGAUGUUUGCGUAAUUUACGGAUAAAUAAAGAAUACCUAAACCCAAAUCCAAACCCAAACCCAAAGGAGGCCUGCCCUACCCCCAAAAUGCAAAUUUUUCAAAGAACAAUAAUUAAAUUUAUGAAAUCCAGAGAGAGGAGAAUGGAGAGAGGAGUGAUGUGAGGAAGAUUAAUUAGUUUUCGAUUGAAAUUGAAAUUGCAUUGUUUUGUAUUUCUGGUUUUGAGAUUAAAUGCUAAUUACGUUCGAUCUGCCCCGCCCCACGCCCCCCCGGGACACACACACAGUCGAUGGUAGAAGUUAAGUGUUUUUGUAAAUAAUAAAAAGCAAAUAUUGUAGCUAUAGUCCGCAUCUGUAUCUAUGGGAUACAGGAAGUAUAAUCGAACCCCAGCCUCAACCCUCAACCUUCCGCUCCCGAUCGGCGGCACUCGCCAGCCAAGAGUAUAACAUAUAUAUAUACAUAUAAAUAGGUAUAUAUAUACCAGAAACGUAUCACGAACAAGUCAAAGUCAAAAGUCAAAGUGUAUUGUAACUAAAAGAAAAACCAAAACCAAAACUAAAGCUAAACAAAAACUAUAUCAAAGCCGUAGAAGUUUUUAAGGAGUUGUCUAGUCGUAUAGAUCCGCCAGAGAAGAGCAUAUAUAUAUAUAUAUAUAUAUAUGUAUAUGUACCAUAUGUAUAUGGGUAUGUAUAUCUCCCACUAAAGAACCCGCGUAUAAAUAUAAAGCUAUUUAAUAAUUGUAAACUUAAUAUUAAUAGUUAUAGAAAUUGAAU